GACAGACUUCACUGCGAUACAGUGUGGGGAAAAAAAUCUGCCAAGAUGUGUUGCUCCAGCUUUCUCAAAAUGAUGAUGUUUGUCUUCAACGGCGCCAUUUUUUUGGCAGGUGCAGCCAUCCUGGGCGUGGGAGUGUGGGUGAAGGUGGACAGUAGUUCUUUGCUGGAUUUACUGGAUCACGAAGGUGAGGAUUCAGCCGGGGUGCUGCAGCUGGCCUACGUCUGCUACGUGCUCAUCGCCGUGGGCGCCCUGCUGCUGAUCGUUGGCUUCCUGGGCUGCUGCGGAGCCGUGAGGGAGAGCAAGUGUAUGCUGCUGACGUUCUUCAGUAUCGUGCUGAUUAUCUUCCUCAUCGAGGUUGCAGGAGCUGUGGUGCUCUUCGUCUUCAAAGAUGUAGCUGGUGAACUCCUUCGGGAUGUGCAGGAUGAAAUUAGCCAAAAAAUUAAAAAUGAAUAUGGAAAGAGUGAUGCUCUGACUUCUCUGUGGAACUCCACCAUGGAGGAGUUUCAGUGCUGCGGAUUCAACAACUUCACAGAUUUUGAUGGCUCCAAUUUUACCGUUGAAAACAAUUAUCCAAAACAAUGUUGCAAUUCAACCAUCGCCGAGGAUCAGUGCACUGAAGCCGCGGCACAGAUGUCGGCGGUUGGUGGAUGCUUUGACAAGCUGCUGCAGCUGAUCAAGGACAAUGCUGUGAUUAUUGCAGCUGUGGCUGUGGGAGUCGCUGCUCUUGAGAUUGCUGCCAUGGUGGUUUCGAUGGUUCUCUACUGCCGGAUUGGCAACAAGGCGUAACGUUUCCUGUUUGGGAUGAAAUAAUGACAUUGUAAAUGGUGUAGAAAUUGUACUCGAGUGCAGUUUUUGAUGUAUGGAGUUUCUGAGUGCUCUACAUGCAUUGUUGGCAUGUAAUCAAAGCUGGAGAGGAAGCCAAGAGAGCUGAUGUGUUCUUAGCUUCACGACUGUGUCUGUACACAUUUAUACCAUGAUUUAUUUAUGUUUUAAGAAGGGCUGGUGACUCAGGUGACUUUGUAUGUGCUGAUACAUAUAGUGAGUGAUGUGUAAUGAUGCA